GUUAGAUGAGGACGUCCGCCCGAGCCAGCGGUGCAAUCAGUCGGCCCCAUCAACAUGGAUAAGAGCUGAAAGCAGAAGUAGUCCUCCGACGGCAAGCCCCUUCCUCACGACGGGACAUCUGCAAAAAGGAUUUCGCAUGCAUGAUACCGUCGAGCGCGCCAGCUGGAGCGCUUUGUUGGGGAACCUUACGUAAUGAAUUCAAUCCACUUGCAAGAAUGUCAGAGGACCUCGUCUCAUCUCAACUCAUCCAGCUCAGCGUCAAUCAUGAUAAGCCGCGACUCAUUAUUACGGCUUUCCCAGUGGAGGCAACUAAAGCCUUUCUCUAUGUCAUCGAGGGCAUUGCCGCUUAUCCAGAUCGUCUCUCUAUUGCAGAGAAAAUUACGAGUCUUCGUAGGCGGGAAGUUGGAUGGGCUAAUUUGAAAUGGCGGUCUCAAACAUAUACCGUUUUGGCCAAUCCAUCGCCCUAUCUCAGAUUAUACGAACUGCAACAUGGAUUCUUUGCGUAUGGGUACCACACAUCUGGCACGUAUAAGGACCCUGAUUGUUUAUCGCUCCACCCCCUUCCGAGAGUCGCGGAUCGUCUUUCGAAUUCAAUGGCUCACGGAUUAUCAUCCGCACUGCUCGAGUCAAUUGAUUCUGAGCGUCAGAUGUACCUAGAAGGUGGAGAUGGCGAUGACAUUGAAAUAGACUGGUCCCAAACGCCUAUUCUCCACCACCUCGAUUUCGGGUACCGGCAGUUCAGUAUCGAUCCGGAACAGAAUUUGGUCAUUUACGUUUGCCACGACUCCGAUAGAAUGAUUGUCAGAAUAAGGCAAAUGUCUGAUAAUGCCUUUCACCCGAUGGCCCGAUACGAGACUCUCGAUAUUCGCUGGAUGUUGAGGGGUAAUUACAUUUAUCUCGAGAUCUUUGGCGACUUUGUCGGCGUCAUGAUACUGCAGUAUGGGGAUAGGAAUCACCACUUUUCGAUUUGGAAUUGGAAGACAGGGAUAUGCCAAUGUAGUUGUACUGCCGGCCCAGUCCUGUCUUUGAAGCUCCAGAAUAUGAAGUUUUAUUCGGAGGAGACUCGAUGCCUGCAGAUGGAGCUAUUCCAAGCAUGCCCUCCCCAUCAAGUUCAGUUCAAGAUUCCUCCGCAACCCCAAUCAAUCCGCCAAAAUGGGGGGGUACAUAUGCUACCAACGGACCGUUUGUUCGUCCCCGGCAGGACGAUUUCAGAGUCGCUGUCUUUUCACUUAGUCUAAAAUCCUCUACGGGGGACGGGGGUUACAAGAUGUUUAUCGCCGUGUCCGAUAUCUAUCG